AAGAAAUGAAAACUGAAACACUGAAAGUCAAGUUCAUAAAUUAAAUUAAUUUAAAUUUAUUAUGAUUAUGGAAAUGAAAGUGUUUUGAGUGUGCUGAAGCUGAAGUGAUUUGUUAUUAAGUAUUGACGAAUAAAUGUUGUGUGUGCAUGAACUAUUUAUGAAGUUUUAAAUGUUCAUUUAGGCUAUUUUUUCGGAUUCCUCAAGAAAGAGUGAUUGUUAAUAAAUGCCUAGGUUAGGUUAGGUUGAGCUGUGUGCGAGAUUACAGUUUUGUUUUCAAGCAUCUCAAGUCAAAAUGCUUGAACCCUUAAGGAGUUCUGUGUUACAAGGAAAACGUAUAAUUUUAGCCAGUUCAUCCCCUAGAAGAUCAGAAAUUCUUCACAAUAUUGGACUGAAAUUUGAAAUAAUUCCUUCGACGUAUGAAGAGAAUCUUACCCCAGAAAAAUUUACAAAUCAUGGAGAGUUUGCGGUUGCUACUGCAUUUAAUAAAGUUGAAGAAGUUGAGAAAAGACUCUCAAGAGAUCCCAUUAAACCUGACUUGAUUAUUGGGGCUGAUACAGUAGUGUCAUUAAAUGGAAAGAUCUAUGGAAAACCAAAAGACAAAGCAGAAGCUUACUCACAUUUACAAGCGUUGAGUGGGAAACAACAUACAGUGUUUACUGGCGUAGUCAUCAAAACGCCGACAGCGCUCAGGAAGUUUUAUGAAAGCACCAAAGUGUUUGUGGCCGAGCUUGAUGAGAAGACAAUAAGAGCUUACAUUGCCACAGAAGAACCCAUGGACAAGGCAGGAGCCUAUGGGAUCCAGGGCUAUGGAGGAUCUAUCGUUGAGAAAAUAGACGGAGAUUAUUUCACAGUAAUGGGGCUGCCUCUGCAUUCUUUGUGCAAACAUAUUAUAUAUUUGUACAAGUAAAUCAAAUUAUUUAUCCAAAGUAAAUGUAAAAGUAUUAAAGUCUUAGUUAUUGAAUGUUUUAAUGCUGCCAAAGCCAA